CGAAUGAGCAUCGACCGUGAACGUUGACGAGGAAUAAUUGCAGCGCUGAAGAAUAAUCGAACACAGUUCACUUGAGCAAAGCUACUUAAUGAAAAUGUCGUCGCAGUCGAGGAAACAAAGCAACAUAGCUCAAAUGGCGUAAACAACAGCAACCAGGACGUAAAAUACUUAAAUAAUUUUCGGAUUUGGAGCAGUCAGCGUUGAAGAAUAAAGUAAAAUAUUUAAGCAGCACAAAAGUAGUUCAAAAACUAUAAAGGCAACACUCCAGCCAAAUUAAAUCGGUCCAUCACCAUUGCCUAUCAUUCGCCAACGGUAUCAUCAUAAGUACUACGGGCAGCCUCGUAUUGAGAGCAUAGCCAAAGUUAACCAGCAAACAAACAACUCACAAGCCAACGACGACGAAUUGACCAACUAACCGAACCAACGAAAACGCAUCGUCAGCACCGAUAGUAGUCAUAGGCUACAGGCCCCCGCUUUACACUACACUUGCUCUUCGCUCUUAUGCGAUACCAACCAACACACUGAUGCGGGCCAGUUCGUUCGAAUUGUUCGUAUUGAUUUAAGGCUGUUGGCAAAGUGAAAAUUACAAAUAAAAACCAAGCGAAUGUACAUGCGUACGUACAUACAUACAUACAUACAUAUAUAUGUAUAAAGUUAUAAUUUUUAAUAUAAUGUUACAAUAAAUACAAAAACAAAAUUGAAUACCAAUGCAGUAGAAAAGUGCGCAUAACAAAUCCAAGUCGAGCCAACGUUAUAAAAUUUGCUCUCGUGAAUUGAGAGUUAAAAGCAACAAUAACAAAAAGCAGUCAUCAGCUGUCCUCGAGACACAUUAUUGUAGUGAAGAGACGUAAUUCUGUACUAGAAAUAAAAAAUUUAACGACGCGACUUUCGCUGUCAUUCUGCUGAUAUUCAACGGAACCACUAAAUAAAUCAAAGCACCACAAAAUGCCGCCAAACGCGAAUGCGAACACUGAAGAACAGCUGCCGGAGGAGUCGACGCCCAGUCUGGAAGCGGCCGAUCAAAAAGUAGAGGAAACCACGCAGCGUGAGGUAUUCCGUGAGUUAGCGCAAAAACCAAAAGAUCAGCAAGCGGAAAGUCAAAAAAUGUUCACAGAGGCAACCACUUUGACACCUAAAACCACAACAGAAGCCGAGGAGGAGCCCACCACAACAGCUGUGUCCACCAUUCAAAAAAUUGGGCAUGCCGGCGAAGUGGUCACUGAGGUGAUUGCCGAGAAGACAGGCCUGCCCACAUGGGGUGUAGUGGCCAUCAUCAUAUUGGUAUUCCUCGUCGUCUUUGGUAUACUCUUCUUUUGUGUACGCCGUUUCUUGAAGAAGCGACGAACCAAAGAUGGUAAGGGUAAGAAGGGUGUCGAUAUGAAAUCGGUACAAUUAUUAGGAUCAGCGUAUAAAGAGAAAGUUCAGCCUGAUAUGGAGGAACUCACCGAAAAUGCUGAAGAAGGUGAUGAGGAGGAUAAGCAAAGCGAGCAAAAAUUGGGAAGACUGAAUUUUAAGCUCGAAUAUGACUUCAACUCGAACAGUCUGGCGGUCACCGUUAUACAAGCUGAAGAAUUACCCGCUCUUGACAUGGGCGGUACGUCGGAUCCCUAUGUUAAAGUUUAUCUGCUGCCCGAUAAGAAGAAGAAAUUCGAAACCAAAGUACAUCGCAAAACGUUGAAUCCCGUCUUCAAUGAAACUUUCACAUUUAAGAGUUUACCCUAUGCUGAUGCCAUGAACAAGACUCUCGUAUUUGCCAUUUUCGAUUUCGAUCGUUUCUCCAAACACGAUCAAAUCGGCGAAGUGAAGGUACCACUCUGCACUAUUGACUUGGCGCAAACUAUCGAGGAAUGGCGAGAUUUGGUCAGCGUUGAAGGUGAAGGCGGACAGGAAAAGCUUGGCGACAUCUGCUUCUCACUGCGUUACGUACCAACUGCUGGCAAGCUAACCGUAGUCAUCUUAGAGGCAAAGAACUUGAAGAAGAUGGACGUCGGCGGAUUGUCUGAUCCAUAUGUGAAAAUUGCAAUCAUGCAAAAUGGAAAACGUUUGAAAAAGAAGAAGACAAGUAUCAAAAAAUGCACCCUCAACCCUUACUAUAAUGAGUCGUUCUCAUUUGAAGUACCAUUUGAACAAAUACAAAAAAUCUGUCUUGUCGUUACUGUUGUGGAUUACGAUCGUAUUGGUACAUCUGAGCCAAUUGGACGUUGCAUACUCGGCUGUAUGGCUACAGGCACCGAACUGCGGCACUGGUCUGAUAUGUUGGCCUCACCACGACGACCGAUUGCUCAAUGGCAUACACUAAAGGAUCCCGAGGAAACCGACGAGAUACUAAAGAAUAUGAAAUAAAGUGGAUAGAUAAAUCAUAUAACUAGUUAAUGAAUGCUAAGGAGCGGUGUAGAACGUCGUGACACGUGAAGAUCAAGUUGUUCAUCAAUACAAUUAUGUAGUUAUGUAGUUGCCCGUACCGCAAAUGAACACUAAAGCUGAUAUAGUGUAACAGAACAAAAAUCAUGCCGUCAACAACAACAACAACAACAACAAUAUAAAUACAUAUAUAAUCCGAAUAUAUACUACAAUGUACCAAACGACAACAACAACAACAACAACAUCAAUAACAACUGGCAAACGCUCAUCAUUAGUUCCACACAAAACAAAGUCUAUGGAGAAAAAAACGUCUUAUUCGAAUAACAAAAUAUACAAGUACAUACAUACUAUAUAUAUACAUACAUACAUAUACACAAAAUAAAGAAAUUAUUUGUUCUCGCAGUAUAAACUAAAUAGGAUAUAUUCGUUAUAUUGAAAAAAAUGAAAAAAAGAAGAAGAAAAAGAAAACGUUUAUUUUAGGCCUCGACUUCGACCUCAAAUCCAACAAUCAAAUAUAACGCGAAAAAACUACCUACCUAAAGAAAUUUUGAAAAUGAAAUAAGAAAUAAAGUAGUCCGUGUGAACUCAGCAUUAUUGGUGUGUAUGCUAAAAAUUGAAAACCGCAAACAGGAUCAGUUUUUCAAUGCAAGUUUAACUGUAAUUAAAAUGCAGUCCAAAGCAACUGCAAAAAGGUAAAAAAACAAACAGAUUUGCGCUAAGCAACAACAAAAUGCAUUUUAUGCAGAUUUGCUUUGCAGUUAAUUAGCUCUUUUGCCGCAUAAUUACCCUUGAAUAAAUUUGAUUGACUAAUUUACCACAGUCGAAAAACAACUCUGUGCAUGACGUUUGUUUGCAUCUCAUUUCCUUAGUACUGCGAAAAUUGUUUCAUAGCGGGAAGAGCGGAUAAAAAAAAUAACAAUCCAAAAUCACAUAAAAAUUCCGGCACCAUUUCGCAAUACUAAUUUUUUUUUCCUUGUUCAUUCCUCUCGGGAGCAUAGGGCCUCGACAAGACUCAGUCUUGCGUUGGUUUCUUUAAUUGGUUUUUACCCUAAGUAGUGGGAAUGCCCCCAUUUCGUUGCUUAGGAACAACGCCUUCUUACUGCUAGGAGCACCAUCUGCGUUUAACAUUUUUCGGGCAAAAGGAUCGCACAGAUGAUUGAGGACUUCGCUCAAUUUCAUGUGUCUGCGCUUUUACCGCGAUCACCCGCUUCCUCUUGCUGGCGCGAUUGAUGCAAUGCCACUGAUUUUGUUUGUUCUAGCAGUCACAAUGCAAAUAAUACACUGAUUAUUGUGCGGGAGUAAGGAUGGAAAGGAUAAGUUUUUGGGGUUGAGGAAGGAAUAUUUUUUUCUUUUUUUAGAAACAGGGAAAGUAGGUAAAUUUGGAAAAGUGCGAGGACCGUGCUUUACGUGGGAUUCGAACCCACAACCUCGGGGAUGGCAGGCUAGUGCACUACGCUAGACCACCGAGACCACGAUAAUGCAAUACUAAUACAAGAAAGAAACACACCCACUCUUUUAGAGUCGCACUGUUUUAAUAUUUACUUUUUCUCUUUGCCAAAUCAGCUCUUGCAUUAGCUUUCUUGCGAAGCUGUCAUAUGAUGUCACAGUGCGUUCAAAAACCCUCAGCCAUUCUGUUACUAAUCGAACAUACCUGCAUACCACUGCUGAUUGUUUUAAAAGUACUCGUGCCCCCACAAGCAAUGGCAAAAUAAAUGGUUGAGUAUAUUUCGGCCAUGAAAAAAAUCGUAAAAUUUCUGACGAAAACAAAUCGCUAAUCGUGGGUGACAUAAAUCUCUCUUUGUGAGAGGACACCGCAAAAUGGAGUGGCAGCUUGGGGUGAACGCCCUUCAGGAAGCAGUAUUUGUAAACUUUUUUGAAACGUAAGCCCAAAGAGAGCGUAGAGUGGUUUGCGCAUGUCUCAGCACCGAUACUCGGGUUCUCAGUGAAUUUGGCAGAAUCAGUCGUUGAGCGAACCUUAUUUUAAAGUUUUUUAUAUAUAUUUUUUUUCAUUUUUUAUUUACAAAGAACUGCAAUCUUUAUGUUAAUCAAACCAAACUUUUCGUUUUUGUUUAUAAAACUUGGUUCUUUUUAACACUUUUCUCUCAGUUCUCGCUCGUAGUUCUUCUAAUAUUACUUCACGCUAAAAUUGCACUCGAAUUGAAUUCGACUUGGAUAAAAACUCUAGCAUUCUUGUUUAUUAAAUAAAAUGUACACAUCAAAAUUCUUUUGCAACAUUUUCGUUGAAUAUUAUCACUAUAUAUUUUUUAGGGCAUAAGUCAAUAACAAAGCAGAGGCAGGAUUAUAUAAAAGUUGUUUAAUCAAAACAUUUAUUUUGCAAUCGGGAUCGAACUGCAGUUAACAGUCACGAUAGUGAUUAAUAGUAAUUUAUAAUAACACUGCUAAGGUGUGAGGCGAAUUUUUUAAAAACCUAAGCCUUCAAAAGUGGGCGUUCUAACUUAGUUUGGCGUGGUGGUGAAUUUUUUUAACUGGUUUUAAGCUUGCAAAAUUGUCUGUUAUAACUUCGUUUAACUGUGGGAAAUUUUUUUAACUUAGUUUAAGCAUGCAAAAUUCGGCUUUCAAAUAUAGUUCAACUGUGGUGAAUAUAUUUAACUAGAUUUAAGCCUGUAAAAUUGGCCGUUCAAACUUGGUUUAACUGUGUUGAAUUUUUUAAACUAAGUUUAGGCCUGCAAAAGUGGGCUUCAAGCUUAAUUUAACUGUGAUGAUUUUUUUAAACUGACUUGAAAGUUGCAAAAUUAAGUUUCAAACUUAAUUUAAAUGCAGUGAAUUUUUUUACUGAUUUAAAGCCUGUAAAAUUGAGAAUUCAAACUUAGUUUAACUCUGGUAAAUUUCUUAAACUGUGCUUAAGCCUGCAAAAGUGGGCUUCAAACUUAGUUAAAAUGUGAUGAUUAUUUAAACUGAUUUGAAAGCUGCAAAAUUGAGUUUCAAACUUAGUUCAACUGUGGUGAUUCUUUUAAAAUGAUUUGAAAGCUGCAAAAGUGAGUUUCAAACUUAGUUCAAUUGUGAUGAAUUUCUUCAACUGUGUUUAAGCCUGCAAAACUGGGCGUUUUAACGUAGUUUAACGGGAAUGCAGAGUUAAACUUGCACUGAAAAAUUGGUAUUUAACCCUAGAAAGGUAGGCCCCUUAAAAAUUCCAUUAUAAAUAAGCCUCGUAUGUUUAAUUAAAAAUAAAAUAUUAUCUCUUUUAAAAUUCCAAUCAUUUUGUUUUAAUCAACUCAUUCAAAAAAAGUUCAGAAAAGUUCGCGACUCUUAGUAUAUUUGGCGCAAGUCUAGCACGAUGUUCAGAGCUUUGGUUAAAAUGAACUCGUAAAAUUUACGCAUUUUACCCUUCUAGGGUUAAACAAGCACUGAAAAGUUGAUCCUAACUAAAGCCAGUCGGCUUUCAGCGCGUCGAGUCGAGUCAGUUUAAACACAAAACAAAAAUUAAAAACAAGAAAAAACACAAAGAAACUACUAUCAGACAAAUGUUUGAGAACUUACGAAGAUGCAUAUGUAUUUAUAUGUAAAAACCAAAAACCAAAAACCAAAAACCAAAAACAAAACAAAAAACUCAGUAACUGUUGACUUCCUGUUAAAAUGUUUAUAUAAAAGUAUAUGCAUUGAAUAAAGACGUAUUGUAUUGUAUUGUAUUGUAUCUAUUGUGACCAUAUUGUACUAUACAUUGAGAGAUGCCUCAAUUUUAUGCUCUUUCCAAAGUUGUUUGUUUUCUGCUUUCAGCUCGAUUUUUUAGAGAGAAGAAAACUUCGUUUUAAGUUUCAUUGAUAAUUUGUAAUUAAAGUUUAUGAUGUUCCAACUGUUAUAAUUGAAGAAAAGGAAAUGCAAAAAAAUACUUAAAAAUCCAAACCAAAAAAUAAAAAAAAAAAAACAUUUAUAAGUGCAAACAAUAAAUAAAAGAAUUUCAAUUUCUUACUAAAGUUUGCAAUCUUUUGUCUCAAUUCCAAUGGUAAUGAUGUAAAUUGUAUUUAAAUUUUAAUUAUAUAAUGAAAUUGUUAUAAAAUAUAUUAAGCAAGUGAAUGAUUAAAUUUUCAACAAAAAAAAAACCGAACACAAAUCAUCUGAAAUACUAACAAACUAUUUAAGUAGCAAAAAAUAAAAAUAAAAAUCGUGUAUGAGAAAUUAAAUUAAUAAUGAAUUAAUUUGCCUGAAAACGAAUGCUACAAUAAUUGACAUCUCUCAUUGGAAAACAUAACAUCUAGCAAAAUUAAAAAAAAAAAAUUAAAUAAUUGGGCUAUCUGGUGAUUUCAAUUUUUUCCCAAAACUUCUUUUCAACUCUUCUUGAUUAAAUAUAUAUUUGGUGUAGUUAUUUUGAAUUAAUGAUUGGUCGAAAGUACUCAAGAAUGUUGAUGCCGUUACCCCUGCAAGAAUUGAAUAAUUUCAUGGGACCUAAUGGGGGUUCAUGUGUGUCAUGUCAAAUGAUAACUUGAAAGCUUUAUUUAUUUUAUUUAUUAUACUUCAGUUUAACGAGACUAUUUUGAGUUAUUCAAUAAUUCAAUAACAAAAUAUGUAGUUGCAAAGGGAUUUAUUGGACUAACCUACUUUUUAGGAAAUUCAAAAAAGGGACUCAAAAAUACAUCACUGUUAAAUUUUGAAACAUGAGUGCUCAAUUUGUUAUUUACAAUCAUUACAUUUUUUUAUAUUCUCUACUUCAUACAAAUUUUUACCAUUAUUUGCCAACUUACAGAAUUAGAUUAUAUUGUGUAUGCUUUCGAAAGUUUUAUAAUCGUCAAACUUUAUUACCGUCUAAAUUAACCGUUUCCCGUCAACGCUAUUCGCCAACACAGGUAUCAGAGAACGUUAACGUUCUCUGCAGGUAUCGCUGUCAAAGUCAUGAAACCAAGGCGCAUUCAUUAGAUUCGCCUUGCAUAAAACACACCAUACGCUGUGGUGAAAAGUUAUUUUCAUCAUUAAGUUGGAAUGCUUAUAUCAAGAUUUCUGAAGUACCAUAUAAAGUCAAGUAUGAUAGAUACCAGUUUUGCUCGUUAGGUAUGGUGAAGAAAAACAAAUUUUUUUUGAGGGGAACUUUGGAUUCUUCACUAAGCUAAAGCUAAAUUUUGUGAAAUACAAAACGAAUGACGUCGGCAUAUCUGUCAAAUUCGCUAAGAGCCGAACAACGGUUUGCUAAGUAGCACACCUCGAAAAAUUUUUUCACCAUGAUAUAAAGUGGAACCAACUAUCAUUCUUUUGACAGCUGACUCUUUUCUUUCCCAAUCGAUCGAGAAGUAUACGGAAAAUAAGAAAAGAGAUCCCUGAAAUAAAAAUCAGCAGAAAAUCGCUACAUCUUUUUAAAAGAUGAUGUAUAAAAUAGUUUGAGCCAAACUUCCUUAAUCAGUAGCUUUAUAUAUAGACGGCAGAUGUAAUUCAGAACCUUAUUGAAGCGUUGAUUAGGAAUAUAUGCUAAAUGCAGAAAUUCCAGCUAGCAUAGAAGAAUACUGCAAAUCAACUUUGACUAUUGUACAGAUCCAUAAGUAAAAACAUUCUCAGCUGGUCGUCAAAUGCCCACAGCUGAGAUCACCUAAUUCCAACCUGCUCUGUUAUGGGACAUGGUGGCAUAAAAAUGAUUAAAUUUCAUAGAAAAUCAUUUCAAAAAGUCUAAGCCAUUUCGUACAAAUUUAGAUAUUUCUGGGCAAAACAUAUUCGUUUAACUAAGAAAUAUAUUAAAAUAUUUGUUAUUGUAUUUAAUUUAAUUUUUCCAAGCAUAAUAUUUUAUUUAAAUUUUCCAAGUCAAAGAUACUGUUUUUUAUUUUUAUUAUUAUUGUUUUCCCCGUUUUUAUUGUUUUUAAUGUUAUCAUAAAAAUUCUAAUUUGGCAUAGCAACCCCGCCAAUACGCUCAAGCAAACGCACUAAGCACUCACACCAUUACACACCUAGGUGCCUCUCAAACUCACUCCAAGGGUGCCUGUCAAAACACGAAAAGUGCUUUUACUUAUAAUUUUGUACAAUGAAUUUUAAUUGUACAACGAAAUUUCAAAACGACUUUCAUCGUUUUAAUCGAUUAAUCAAGCAACCACUGCUUUCAAGUUAUCUUAACUGAAAAGUUCGAUUUUCGAUUGUUUGACCUGAAAAUGAGAUUUUCUUGAUACUCGUAUAUUUUUUUGUGUUUUGUUUUUUUGUUUAAUAUCAUAAUUAAUUCAAAGUGUAUAAAUACCAAUAAUAAGCAAAUUUUUACUUGAAAAGUACUUCAUUUCUUAACUGGAAACCCAAUUAUGAUAAGAAAACGUAAAGUAGCACCGAAUUUUUGUCCAUAAUAAUUAUAACACACACGUGUACAAUAAAUAUUAAAACAACAAAAAAAAAAAAAAAUCCAAUGUCAUAUAUAAAUACAAAAUUUCUUAUUAAAAACGCGUAUUGCAAAUAGGAGAAAGGCUUCAAAUAUGUAAUGGCUUACUUCGUAAAUCAUUUUACGCGUUUACAAUUACGUUUACGUUUACAUUUCAAUUAAUUUAUAUGUAUGUAUAUUCACAUUACGUUUACAUUCGUCAAAGUAAAUUAAGGAAUUUUAUUGUGUGUAUGUCUAUGUGUAAGUAAUCCUUUAGAAAAAUGAUGACUUAUUAAAGCAAGUAAAAGGUAUAUGAAAAAAAUAAUAAAAAUUAUUGUAGAAAGUUAAACUUCGCGCGUGAUUACAGAAAAGCAAAUAUCAUCGGUUCUUAGAAGCCAUAAAAACAAUAAUUUAAAUAUAUUAAAGAAAAAACACAUGUUCGUGUGAUUCAUGCUUUUGUUUUAUUUUUUAUAUAACUCUUUUUUGUGUCACAUGUCACCAUUUAGUCAAUUUGUUAAUGGUAAAUGGUAAUUAUAACUGAAAAAAAAAACCACAGUGCACUCAUAUGUUUACAUAUCUGGUUUAUAGCGAGCAUUAAAGUGUUUUUAUUUAUUAUUUUCAAUUAAUUUUUUCUAAAACAAAUGCGCUUAUAUUAUUUUUUUCGCUUUUUUUUUUUUGUGAUAUAUUUUAUUAUUAUUGAUAUACCUCAUUGUUAUGUAUAUCAUUUUAUUUUUCCUUUUUUUAUAUGCUUUUCUCAUCACUUGCCAUCGAACUCUUUUAUUUCCCUUCAAUUUACUUGAAUUCAUAUCAUUUGAUUUGCUUUAAUCGAGCUCCGUUAUUUCCCUUCACUGUACUUGAAUUAAAAUCAUUUGAUUUCCCUUCAGUUUAGUUGAAUUCAUAUCAUCGAACUCUUUUAUUUCCCUUCAAUUUACUUGAAUUCAUAUCAUUUGAUUUCCUUUUUUCGAGCUCCGUUAUUUCCCUUCAAUUUAUUUCAACUCAUACCAUUUGAUUUGCUUUUAUCGGUGCUUAUCGACCCACACACGGCGUAAAGCUUGUUUGGUUAUCGAUAACUGUAACUUUUACUCAUACGGAAUGCUGGUUUUGUUUGUGUACAGAAUCGUUGGAGUUUACAUUACAAAAAGUUAUAAUAAUAGGCAUUUAGAAUUUGAAAACUCAUAUUUAAUACUAUUAUUAAAAUAUUUAAAGACAUAUUAAGAACAAUAAUAGUUAUUACUGCUAAUUUAUAUUAUAUUAAGAAUAAAGAAAAAAACUAAAUCUGGCAGAAUAGCAGGCAGAAAGUUAGAAGAAAAAAAACACAAAAACUGAAAUUAGUAAAUUCAAUGGUAGCAAAACAAAAAAAAACGAACAUAACCAAAAAUAUUAAAAUUAUUUUAGGUAAUGAAAGAAAACAAGCAAACAAACAAAAACAAAUAAUAUAUAUAUAUAAAAAAAGAGCCGCUAUUGAUUUUUAACUAUGUAGAACUAAUAAAAAUACAUACAUACAUAUAUGUUUUUGUCCUGUAUAAAUAUAAAUUUAAGGUCAACACACAAAACUGAUUACGAUUGACGAAACCAAAGCAAAAACAAAAACAAAAAUUACAAAGGAAACACACAAAUAAUGAAACACAACCGUUACACUUACAUACAUAUACAUACAUAUAUAUAAAUGCAAACUACAGUUAUUGCAAAAUUUAAAAUUAAAAUAAUUUCGCUUAAGUUGAUAAAAGAUGCGUUAUAGAGAGCGGCUGUACGGAUCCGUAGCCAGUACCCCCCCCCCAGCUGGCGUAUUCAAAUAAUGUUAUACAUGAAAAAUUGUGCAGCUGCGAAAGCCUAUGUAUGUACAUAUGUAGGUACGUGUAGAUGGUGUAAAAAUAGCGAAAAUGCAAUGGAAUGAAUAGAACAAUUAGAUCACACAUAGUUGCACUAAACAUACAAGUAUAUUACUAUACGUACUUAUUAAAACUAAAACACAAAAACAAAAAAAAAAACAAAAACGAAAAAAAAAAUCAAAUAAAAAUACAAUUAUAUACCUAUAAACAAUACCUAUAUACUGCAAGAAAGGAAACUAAUAAAAACACUAAAUAAAAAAGUUUGUUAUUUUUGAUUGCAAUGCGGCAUACAUAUUACUAACAACUACAUACAAAAAUAUGAGUAUAAUAAAAAAUUAAAAUUCAAAUGAAAAUCAUACUUUUAUUUUGUUUUAUUUACAUUUAACUACAAUUAAAAAAAAGGAUUCAGUAACCAUCCCACAUCAUCAUGCAAUCCUACAUGCAACAUACAAACAUACAUAUGUAAUUACCACAAUACUUACGAUAUUAAUCGUAAACAUAGAUAUGCUAAUACAUUAUCGAAAUCGCUAGGUUGAACUUCCAUCUCUACGAACGAACUUAAGUACCUCUCUCUCACACUCACUUUUUGAAAAAAAAAAAAAAACGAAAUAAACAAGUACCCGUUUUGAUGCGCGUACAGCAGAGUAAAACUUUUAGCUCGUACUUGAGUAGACACAAACAUUUAUAGACCACAUUUCAAAAAUUGUAUACAUUCAUAUAAGAAAUAUACACCUGCAUACAUAGAUACAUCCAGGCAAAAAGAGUCUAACGAAGAAAAAAAUCAAGGAUAUGUAGAGAAAAUCCCAAAACCCUAAGAUAUUACAAUUUUCAAGCCCGAAAAGAUGGUUCAGAUCAAAUACGCGUAUGGCGAUAUAAGCGGCAGUAUACACAUACAUACAUAUGUAUGUGUGCUAUGGUACUCUAUAAAAAUCCCCUCUUUUACAGUACAGUAAAAUAUUUACAACAGCAACAGGUGUAUAUGUAUGUUACGUAUAGCCACUAUCACAACAACUGUUUUUGCAUUAUUCUUCUAUACGUUUCUUCGAAAUCAUGUACGCCACUUUGUUGUAGUCAUUUGAAUAGCGUUAAUGAAAGCAAAAAAGGAUAGGAUCAACAGAUUUUAGGAGAUUUCGCAGCCGCGCCAAGCAUUGAACCAUAUAUCGGAAAUUUUUACAAAUCUAUGGAAUAUCAAUUUUAUAUUUUAUAUAAAAUUCAAAGCAAAAAUAGAAAAAUAAAAAGGUAAUGUGGCGCCAUUCCAUAAGCAAACAGGAAGAUAUUUACUACUAAUACAUACAUACAGACAUAUAAUGCAUGCAUAGUAUGGCAAACUACCACAAAUGGAAAAGAUAUACAAAUAAUCAUCUAUACAUAAUCAUCAGCACCGCAUAGUAUGAAUUAAUCAGCUAAAGAAAUUACUGAUACAUAUAUGAAAUAGUUGUACACAUACGUACCGGAAUGCACAAAGUUUCAGUAGAAUAAAAGUUUGAGGCAAAAUAAAAAAUAAAAAAAA